GUUGUUUGACAUUUUCAACUAAUGAUAAGUUCGGGUUUUAUGUUGCAGUGCACAAUUUUAUCUCGAAGUUCGACAGUUUAAUCAACUUGUUACCUCUGUUGUGGCAAAAUAUCAUGGUUUUUCGUGUCAAAAUUACAAUUGAAUAGAGCAGAGAUAACAAAGUCCCAUUUAUUUCGAUAAAACGACGUAUAUUAAACGUAUAUGGCAAAUUCAAAGCAUACAAAUUCACUCUACGAAUGUUGAGACCAUUAAACUGCUGAAAAAGAGUUUUGAAAAUGUUUCGAUUAGUGCGGAAUUGUGCAACAACAUUUGCCCGACGAAUGCCAUCAGUGAAUGAAAAUGUACAAUGUCAGUCGCCAAAGUUGAAGUUCCUCGGAUCGUUUAUUAUUGGUACCGGUGUUGCAACAUACUUAUCGGUGUCAUGUGUUCAUUUGGAGUCAAAGAAAAGAUUCAAUUUCAAGCAGUAUUUAGCCGAACCAAUCACCAAUGUUGACAAAUUGAUGGCCAACGAGGAUGACAUGAAAACACGAAUGGAACUGUUUAUCAUGAAAAUCCAAACCGAUUUUGUGCGUGCACUGGAAAAUGAGGAGAAUUUUGGCAAACGUUUUUUUGUUGAUCGAUGGCUUCGAAAAGAAGGCGGCGGUGGUAUAACAUGUGUUUUACAGGACGGUGACGUAUUCGAAAAAGCCGGCGUGAAUAUUUCAGUCGUAUCUGGCACCCUUCCAGCGGCCGCUGUUCAACAAAUGCGUACGCGUGGAAAAAAUCUAAGCGAUGGCCCGCUACCAUUUUUUGCCGCUGGCAUUAGUGCUGUCAUUCAUCCCAAAAAUCCACUAGUUCCAACGAUACAUUUUAACUAUCGAUAUUUUGAGGUUGAUGACCCGCAAACGGGAGGUAAACAGUGGUGGUUCGGAGGAGGCACUGAUUUAACACCAUACUAUUUUAACGAAGCCGAUACCAUUCACUUUCAUGAAACACUGAAGGCUGCUUGUGACGAACAUGAUAUCACCUACUAUCCAAAAUUCAAAAAAUGGUGUGACAAAUACUUCCGCAUUCCACAUCGGGGUGAAUGCCGAGGCGUCGGUGGAAUAUUUUUUGAUGACAUCGAUACACCAUCACAAGAUGAGGCCUUUAAUUUCAUAUCGUCAUGUGCUGAAGCGGUCAUUCCUUCCUAUUUACCUAUUGUGCGAGCUCACAAAAAUGAAUUCUAUGGCGAUCGAGAGAGACAGUGGCAACUUUUGCGUCGUGGACGUUAUGUGGAAUUUAAUUUAAUUUAUGAUCGUGGUACAAAGUUCGGGUUAUAUACACCGGGCGCCCGCUAUGAAAGCAUUUUAAUGUCCUUACCUUUGUUGGCGAAAUGGGAGUAUAUGCACGAGCCACCAAAAAAUUCCGACGAAAGCAAAUUAUUAGAAGUUCUUCGCAAUCCAAAGGACUGGUUGCCAAUGGAAGAGACCGAAACCGAAGCAAAGUCAUAAAAUUUGUUUGUUAUCAGCAUUUAUUAGAUAAGAAAGGCGGAAAUCGGUUUAUGUUGAAAUGUUGUUGUUUUUAUUACGAUAUAAAAUAAAAGGGUUUUAAUACAUAGUACUUUUGGGGAUCAAAAUAAAUUAUGUACACUUUAAAUUUUGAAUGA